CGCGGCGUGAAAGGUGAGCGUCGCCGCAAUUACUUCCUUUCUUUUCAGGGCGGCCAUUGAGCUGUAGCGAAGAUGGGCAAGUUCAUGAAACCAGGGAAAGUUGUCCUUGUUCUGGCUGGACGCUAUGCAGGCCGCAAAGCCGUCAUUGUAAAGAACAUCGAUGAUGGCACCUCUGACCGCCAAUACAGCCACGCCCUGGUCGCUGGCAUUGACCGGUAUCCUCGUAAGGUGACCGCCACUAUGGGCAAGAAGAGGAUUGCCAAGCGUUCCAAGAUCAAGGCCUUUGUGAAGGUGUACAACUACAAUCACCUCAUGCCAACCAGAUACUCAGUUGAUAUUCCUCUGGACAAAGCUGUGGUGAACAAGGAUGUUUUCAGAGACCCAGCUCUGAAAAGGAAAGCCAGAAGGGAGGCCAAAGUCAAAUUUGAGGAAAGGUACAAGACUGGCAAAAACAAGUGGUUCUUCCAGAAGCUGCGGUUCUAAAGCAUUGUUCAUAUAGUGUACCAAUAAAACGUUCUGAAAAA